AAUGAGGAUGUGCAAAUGCUGUACACUGUAUUGGAACAAAAGCUUGGAGAACUUGAUAAACAGAAAGAAAGCGUGGCUGGUGACACUGAGAUUUUAGAGAGAGAAAGGGAAAGUCUGCUAAGUAUGCUCUCCGACAUGGACAUCCAGAGAGAACACAUGGAAAAUAUGUGGAAGCAAAAGUUUGAGAUGGAAAAACAAAAUCUUGGAAAACUUAAGGCACAACUGAAGCGAGACAGAGAGGAUCUGAAUAGAAGGAAUGAGCUGUUGAACAAAGAGAAAGUGGACUGUGACCAGAUGCGGUCUGACAUCCAGACACAAACUGACUUAUUAGAACAAGAGAAACAAGACAUAAAAGAGGAAAGAGACAGGUUGGAAUUCACAAAGAUAGAGCUGCAAAAGAAGAAGGAAAACCUUGAAUGUCUGUUUGACGGCAUAUACAGAGAGAAAGCCAACAUUAAAGAUCUAGCCCUUCAUGUUCAGACAAAAAGGGACGAACUUGAGAAAGUCAUUAACAUGAUUGCCUUCAGACGAAAAGAACAAGAGCUCAGGGGAGACGACAUCAAAAGACAAACACAAGAACUGGAGACCAGUAAGAACAGCGCACUGGCAGAAAGACAAGAACUGGAAGUUUUGAAGAAGCAUCUCAACAAGAAGGGGGAAGAGCUUGAAGCUGCCAUGAAUAGCAUCAGUGGAGAGAGAGGACAACUCAGUCAGAUGAAGAUCAGUACUGAGAGGGACAGGGAAAUACUUUUGAAUGAAAAGGACAGACUAGAAAGAGAUCGGUCAGAGCUGAAAAUAAGAAAAGAACAACUCUUGAAUAAAAUGAAAUCAAUAGAAUCUCUGAGGGCAAAACUUCAACACCUGAGUGAAAGGAUGAGUGAAGACAUGAGAGACAAAAUCGCCAGACUGGAGCAAAACAACGACGACAUUCUGAAACUAUUGACUGUAUUGGAGCAAAAGCAUUGGGAUUUGUGUGAAAAGAAAGAAUAUAUGCCACGUUACGCUAAGGCAAUCGAGACUGAAAAGAAAGGUUUGAAGAGUGUUUUGGCCGAAAUUGUCAUCCAGAGACAAGAUAUGGAAAAUCGAAUGAAACAAGAGGCUUUGUUGGGAACGACGGAUCUUGAAAAGCUGAAGGCAGAGCUGAAGCAAGACAGAGAGGAUCUGAACAGAAUGACUGAGCUGUUGAACAAAGAGAAAGUGCACUUGGACCAGAUGAGGUCUGACAUCCAGAGACAAACUGACGUAUUAGAACAAGAGAAACAAGACAUAAAAGUGGCAAGAGACAAGUUGGACAUCACAAAGACUGAGCUGCAAAAGAAGAAGGAAAAUGCAGUCAGUCUGUUUGACGAGAUAAACAGAGAGAAAACCCACGUGAAAAAUCUGACUCUUCGGGUUCGGAGAGAACGAGAUGAACUCGAAAAUGUCAUGAACAUGAUUACCUUCAGACAAAAAGAGCAAGAACUCAAGGAAGACGACAUCAAAAGACAAACACAAGAACUGGAGACCAGUAAGAACAGUGUACUGGCAGAAAGAGAAGAACUGGAACUUUUGAGGAAGGACCUCAACAAGAAAGUAGAAGAGGUGGAAUCAGCCACAAACAGCAUGAGUGGAGAGCGCGAACAACUCACGAAAAUGAAGACUGACCAUGACAAAGGGAGAGAAAUGCUUUUGAAUGAAAAGGACAUAAUGGACAGAGAAAGGGAAGAGCUGAAAAUAAGAGAAGAUCAACUGAUGAGUAAAAUGAAAUCCAUAGAAACUCUGAGAGCAAAACUUCUACAGCAAAAUGUGACGAUAAGUGAAGGCGUAAAAUACAAGGUGGACAGGUUGAGACAAAACAAUGAGGAUGUGCUAAUGCUGUACACUGUAUUGGAACAAAAGCUUGGAGAACUUGAUAAACAGAAAGAAAGCGUGGCUGGUGACACUGAGAUUUUAGAGAGAGAAAGGGAAAGUCUGCUAAGUAUGCUCUCCGACAUGGACAUCCAGAGAGAACACAUGGAAAAUAUGUGGAAGCAAAAGUUUGAGAUGGAAAAACAAAAUCUUGGAAAACUUAAGGCACAACUGAAGCGAGACAGAGAGGAUCUGAAUAGAAGGAAUGAGCUGUUGAACAAAGAGAAAGUGGACUGUGACCAGAUGCGGUCUGACAUCCAGACACAAACUGACUUAUUAGAACAAGAGAAACAAGACAUAAAAGAGGAAAGAGACAGGUUGGAAUUCACAAAGAUAGAGCUGCAAAAGAAGAAGGAAAACCUUGAAUGUCUGUUUGACGGCAUAUACAGAGAGAAAGCCAACAUUAAAGAUCUAGCCCUUCAUGUUCAGACAAAAAGGGACGAACUUGAGAAAGUCAUUAACAUGAUUGCCUUCAGACGAAAAGAACAAGAGCUCAGGGGAGACGACAUCAAAAGACAAACACAAGAACUGGAGACCAGUAAGAACAGCGCACUGGCAGAAAGACAAGAACUGGAAGUUUUGAAGAAGCAUCUCAACAAGAAGGGGGAAGAGCUUGAAGCUGCCAUGAAUAGCAUCAGUGGAGAGAGAGGACAACUCAGUCAGAUGAAGAUCAGUACUGAGAGGGACAGGGAAAUACUUUUGAAUGAAAAGGACAGACUAGAAAGAGAUCGGUCAGAGCUGAAAAUAAGAAAAGAACAACUCUUGAAUAAAAUGAAAUCAAUAGAAUCUCUGAGGGCAAAACUUCAACACCUGAGUGAAAGGAUGAGUGAAGACAUGAGAGACAAAAUCGCCAGACUGGAGCAAAACAACGACGACAUUCUGAAACUAUUGACUGUAUUGGAGCAAAAGCAUUGGGAUUUGUGUGAAAAGAAAGAAUAUAUGCCACGUUACGCUAAGGCAAUCGAGACUGAAAAGAAAGGUUUGAAGAGUGUUUUGGCCGAAAUUGUCAUCCAGAGACAAGAUAUGGAAAAUCGAAUGAAACAAGAGGCUUUGUUGGGAACGACGGAUCUUGAAAAGCUGAAGGCAGAGCUGAAGCAAGACAGAGAGGAUCUGAACAGAAUGACUGAGCUGUUGAACAAAGAGAAAGUGCACUUGGACCAGAUGAGGUCUGACAUCCAGAGACAAACUGACGUAUUAGAACAAGAGAAACAAGACAUAAAAGUGGCAAGAGACAAGUUGGACAUCACAAAGACUGAGCUGCAAAAGAAGAAGGAAAAUGCAGUCAGUCUGUUUGACGAGAUAAACAGAGAGAAAACCCACGUGAAAAAUCUGACUCUUCGGGUUCGGAGAGAACGAGAUGAACUCGAAAAUGUCAUGAACAUGAUUACCUUCAGACAAAAAGAGCAAGAACUCAAGGAAGACGACAUCAAAAGACAAACACAAGAACUGGAGACCAGUAAGAACAGUGUACUGGCAGAAAGAGAAGAACUGGAACUUUUGAGGAAGGACCUCAACAAGAAAGUAGAAGAGGUGGAAUCAGCCACAAACAGCAUGAGUGGAGAGCGCGAACAACUCACGAAAAUGAAGACUGACCAUGACAAAGGGAGAGAAAUGCUUUUGAAUGAAAAGGACAUAAUGGACAGAGAAAGGGAAGAGCUGAAAAUAAGAGAAGAUCAACUGAUGAGUAAAAUGAAAUCCAUAGAAACUCUGAGAGCAAAACUUCUACAGCAAAAUGUGACGAUAAGUGAAGGCGUAAAAUACAAGGUGGACAGGUUGAGACAAAACAAUGAGGAUGUGCUAAUGCUGUACACUGUAUUGGAACAAAAGCUUGGAGAACUUGAUAAACAGAAAGAAAGCGUGGCUGGUGACACUGAGAUUUUAGAGAGAGAAAGGGAAAGUCUGCUAAGUAUGCUCUCCGACAUGGACAUCCAGAGAGAACACAUGGAAAAUAUGUGGAAGCAAAAGUUUGAGAUGGAAAAACAAAAUCUUGGAAAACUUAAGGCACAACUGAAGCGAGACAGAGAGGAUCUGAAUAGAAGGAAUGAGCUGUUGAACAAAGAGAAAGUGGACUGUGACCAGAUGCGGUCUGACAUCCAGACACAAACUGACUUAUUAGAACAAGAGAAACAAGACAUAAAAGAGGAAAGAGACAGGUUGGAAUUCACAAAGAUAGAGCUGCAAAAGAAGAAGGAAAACCUUGAAUGUCUGUUUGACGGCAUAUACAGAGAGAAAGCCAACAUUAAAGAUCUAGCCCUUCAUGUUCAGACAAAAAGGGACGAACUUGAGAAAGUCAUUAACAUGAUUGCCUUCAGACGAAAAGAACAAGAGCUCAGGGGAGACGACAUCAAAAGACAAACACAAGAACUGGAGACCAGUAAGAACAGCGCACUGGCAGAAAGACAAGAACUGGAAGUUUUGAAGAAGCAUCUCAACAAGAAGGGGGAAGAGCUUGAAGCUGCCAUGAAUAGCAUCAGUGGAGAGAGAGGACAACUCAGUCAGAUGAAGAUCAGUACUGAGAGGGACAGGGAAAUACUUUUGAAUGAAAAGGACAGACUAGAAAGAGAUCGGUCAGAGCUGAAAAUAAGAAAAGAACAACUCUUGAAUAAAAUGAAAUCAAUAGAAUCUCUGAGGGCAAAACUUCAACACCUGAGUGAAAGGAUGAGUGAAGACAUGAGAGACAAAAUCGCCAGACUGGAGCAAAACAACGACGACAUUCUGAAACUAUUGACUGUAUUGGAGCAAAAGCAUUGGGAUUUGUGUGAAAAGAAAGAAUAUAUGCCACGUUACGCUAAGGCAAUCGAGACUGAAAAGAAAGGUUUGAAGAGUGUUUUGGCCGAAAUUGUCAUCCAGAGACAAGAUAUGGAAAAUCGAAUGAAACAAGAGGCUUUGUUGGGAACGACGGAUCUUGAAAAGCUGAAGGCAGAGCUGAAGCAAGACAGAGAGGAUCUGAACAGAAUGACUGAGCUGUUGAACAAAGAGAAAGUGCACUUGGACCAGAUGAGGUCUGACAUCCAGAGACAAACUGACGUAUUAGAACAAGAGAAACAAGACAUAAAAGUGGCAAGAGACAAGUUGGACAUCACAAAGACUGAGCUGCAAAAGAAGAAGGAAAAUGCAGUCAGUCUGUUUGACGAGAUAAACAGAGAGAAAACCCACGUGAAAAAUCUGACUCUUCGGGUUCGGAGAGAACGAGAUGAACUCGAAAAUGUCAUGAACAUGAUUACCUUCAGACAAAAAGAGCAAGAACUCAAGGAAGACGACAUCAAAAGACAAACACAAGAACUGGAGACCAGUAAGAACAGUGUACUGGCAGAAAGAGAAGAACUGGAACUUUUGAGGAAGGACCUCAACAAGAAAGUAGAAGAGGUGGAAUCAGCCACAAACAGCAUGAGUGGAGAGCGCGAACAACUCACGAAAAUGAAGACUGACCAUGACAAAGGGAGAGAAAUGCUUUUGAAUGAAAAGGACAUAAUGGACAGAGAAAGGGAAGAGCUGAAAAUAAGAGAAGAUCAACUGAUGAGUAAAAUGAAAUCCAUAGAAACUCUGAGAGCAAAACUUCUACAGCAAAAUGUGACGAUAAGUGAAGGCGUAAAAUACAAGGUGGACAGGUUGAGACAAAACAAUGAGGAUGUGCUAAUGCUGUACACUGUAUUGGAACAAAAGCUUGGAGAACUUGAUAAACAGAAAGAAAGCGUGGCUGGUGACACUGAGAUUUUAGAGAGAGAAAGGGAAAGUCUGCUAAGUAUGCUCUCCGACAUGGACAUCCAGAGAGAACACAUGGAAAAUAUGUGGAAGCAAAAGUUUGAGAUGGAAAAACAAAAUCUUGGAAAACUUAAGGCACAACUGAAGCGAGACAGAGAGGAUCUGAAUAGAAGGAAUGAGCUGUUGAACAAAGAGAAAGUGGACUGUGACCAGAUGCGGUCUGACAUCCAGACACAAACUGACUUAUUAGAACAAGAGAAACAAGACAUAAAAGAGGAAAGAGACAGGUUGGAAUUCACAAAGAUAGAGCUGCAAAAGAAGAAGGAAAACCUUGAAUGUCUGUUUGACGGCAUAUACAGAGAGAAAGCCAACAUUAAAGAUCUAGCCCUUCAUGUUCAGACAAAAAGGGACGAACUUGAGAAAGUCAUUAACAUGAUUGCCUUCAGACGAAAAGAACAAGAGCUCAGGGGAGACGACAUCAAAAGACAAACACAAGAACUGGAGACCAGUAAGAACAGCGCACUGGCAGAAAGACAAGAACUGGAAGUUUUGAAGAAGCAUCUCAACAAGAAGGGGGAAGAGCUUGAAGCUGCCAUGAAUAGCAUCAGUGGAGAGAGAGGACAACUCAGUCAGAUGAAGAUCAGUACUGAGAGGGACAGGGAAAUACUUUUGAAUGAAAAGGACAGACUAGAAAGAGAUCGGUCAGAGCUGAAAAUAAGAAAAGAACAACUCUUGAAUAAAAUGAAAUCAAUAGAAUCUCUGAGGGCAAAACUUCAACACCUGAGUGAAAGGAUGAGUGAAGACAUGAGAGACAAAAUCGCCAGACUGGAGCAAAACAACGACGACAUUCUGAAACUAUUGACUGUAUUGGAGCAAAAGCAUUGGGAUUUGUGUGAAAAGAAAGAAUAUAUGCCACGUUACGCUAAGGCAAUCGAGACUGAAAAGAAAGGUUUGAAGAGUGUUUUGGCCGAAAUUGUCAUCCAGAGACAAGAUAUGGAAAAUCGAAUGAAACAAGAGGCUUUGUUGGGAACGACGGAUCUUGAAAAGCUGAAGGCAGAGCUGAAGCAAGACAGAGAGGAUCUGAACAGAAUGACUGAGCUGUUGAACAAAGAGAAAGUGCACUUGGACCAGAUGAGGUCUGACAUCCAGAGACAAACUGACGUAUUAGAACAAGAGAAACAAGACAUAAAAGUGGCAAGAGACAAGUUGGACAUCACAAAGACUGAGCUGCAAAAGAAGAAGGAAAAUGCAGUCAGUCUGUUUGACGAGAUAAACAGAGAGAAAACCCACGUGAAAAAUCUGACUCUUCGGGUUCGGAGAGAACGAGAUGAACUCGAAAAUGUCAUGAACAUGAUUACCUUCAGACAAAAAGAGCAAGAACUCAAGGAAGACGACAUCAAAAGACAAACACAAGAACUGGAGACCAGUAAGAACAGUGUACUGGCAGAAAGAGAAGAACUGGAACUUUUGAGGAAGGACCUCAACAAGAAAGUAGAAGAGGUGGAAUCAGCCACAAACAGCAUGAGUGGAGAGCGCGAACAACUCACGAAAAUGAAGACUGACCAUGACAAAGGGAGAGAAAUGCUUUUGAAUGAAAAGGACAUAAUGGACAGAGAAAGGGAAGAGCUGAAAAUAAGAGAAGAUCAACUGAUGAGUAAAAUGAAAUCCAUAGAAACUCUGAGAGCAAAACUUCUACAGCAAAAUGUGACGAUAAGUGAAGGCGUAAAAUACAAGGUGGACAGGUUGAGACAAAACAAUGAGGAUGUGCUAAUGCUGUACACUGUAUUGGAACAAAAGCUUGGAGAACUUGAUAAACAGAAAGAAAGCGUGGCUGGUGACACUGAGAUUUUAGAGAGAGAAAGGGAAAGUCUGCUAAGUAUGCUCUCCGACAUGGACAUCCAGAGAGAACACAUGGAAAAUAUGUGGAAGCAAAAGUUUGAGAUGGAAAAACAAAAUCUUGGAAAACUUAAGGCACAACUGAAGCGAGACAGAGAGGAUCUGAAUAGAAGGAAUGAGCUGUUGAACAAAGAGAAAGUGGACUGUGACCAGAUGCGGUCUGACAUCCAGACACAAACUGACUUAUUAGAACAAGAGAAACAAGACAUAAAAGAGGAAAGAGACAGGUUGGAAUUCACAAAGAUAGAGCUGCAAAAGAAGAAGGAAAACCUUGAAUGUCUGUUUGACGGCAUAUACAGAGAGAAAGCCAACAUUAAAGAUCUAGCCCUUCAUGUUCAGACAAAAAGGGACGAACUUGAGAAAGUCAUUAACAUGAUUGCCUUCAGACGAAAAGAACAAGAGCUCAGGGGAGACGACAUCAAAAGACAAACACAAGAACUGGAGACCAGUAAGAACAGCGCACUGGCAGAAAGACAAGAACUGGAAGUUUUGAAGAAGCAUCUCAACAAGAAGGGGGAAGAGCUUGAAGCUGCCAUGAAUAGCAUCAGUGGAGAGAGAGGACAACUCAGUCAGAUGAAGAUCAGUACUGAGAGGGACAGGGAAAUACUUUUGAAUGAAAAGGACAGACUAGAAAGAGAUCGGUCAGAGCUGAAAAUAAGAAAAGAACAACUCUUGAAUAAAAUGAAAUCAAUAGAAUCUCUGAGGGCAAAACUUCAACACCUGAGUGAAAGGAUGAGUGAAGACAUGAGAGACAAAAUCGCCAGACUGGAGCAAAACAACGACGACAUUCUGAAACUAUUGACUGUAUUGGAGCAAAAGCAUUGGGAUUUGUGUGAAAAGAAAGAAUAUAUGCCACGUUACGCUAAGGCAAUCGAGACUGAAAAGAAAGGUUUGAAGAGUGUUUUGGCCGAAAUUGUCAUCCAGAGACAAGAUAUGGAAAAUCGAAUGAAACAAGAGGCUUUGUUGGGAACGACGGAUCUUGAAAAGCUGAAGGCAGAGCUGAAGCAAGACAGAGAGGAUCUGAACAGAAUGACUGAGCUGUUGAACAAAGAGAAAGUGCACUUGGACCAGAUGAGGUCUGACAUCCAGAGACAAACUGACGUAUUAGAACAAGAGAAACAAGACAUAAAAGUGGCAAGAGACAAGUUGGACAUCACAAAGACUGAGCUGCAAAAGAAGAAGGAAAAUGCAGUCAGUCUGUUUGACGAGAUAAACAGAGAGAAAACCCACGUGAAAAAUCUGACUCUUCGGGUUCGGAGAGAACGAGAUGAACUCGAAAAUGUCAUGAACAUGAUUACCUUCAGACAAAAAGAGCAAGAACUCAAGGAAGACGACAUCAAAAGACAAACACAAGAACUGGAGACCAGUAAGAACAGUGUACUGGCAGAAAGAGAAGAACUGGAACUUUUGAGGAAGGACCUCAACAAGAAAGUAGAAGAGGUGGAAUCAGCCACAAACAGCAUGAGUGGAGAGCGCGAACAACUCACGAAAAUGAAGACUGACCAUGACAAAGGGAGAGAAAUGCUUUUGAAUGAAAAGGACAUAAUGGACAGAGAAAGGGAAGAGCUGAAAAUAAGAGAAGAUCAACUGAUGAGUAAAAUGAAAUCCAUAGAAACUCUGAGAGCAAAACUUCUACAGCAAAAUGUGAAGAUAAGUGAAGGCGUAAAAUACAAGGUGGACAGGUUGAGACAAAACAAUGAGGAUGUGCUAAUGCUGUACACUGUAUUGGAACAAAAGCUUGGAGAACUUGAUAAACAGAAAGAAAGCGUGGCUGGUGACACUGAGAUUUUAGAGAGAGAAAGGGAAAGUCUGCUAAGUAUGCUCUCCGACAUGGACAUCCAGAGAGAACACAUGGAAAAUAUGUGGAAGCAAAAGUUUGAGAUGGAAAAACAAAAUCUUGGAAAACUUAAGGCACAACUGAAGCGAGACAGAGAGGAUCUGAAUAGAAGGAAUGAGCUGUUGAACAAAGAGAAAGUGGACUGUGACCAGAUGCGGUCUGACAUCCAGACACAAACUGACUUAUUAGAACAAGAGAAACAAGACAUAAAAGAGGAAAGAGACAGGUUGGAAUUCACAAAGAUAGAGCUGCAAAAGAAGAAGGAAAACCUUGAAUGUCUGUUUGACGGCAUAUACAGAGAGAAAGCCAACAUUAAAGAUCUAGCCCUUCAUGUUCAGACAAAAAGGGACGAACUUGAGAAAGUCAUUAACAUGAUUGCCUUCAGACGAAAAGAACAAGAGCUCAGGGGAGACGACAUCAAAAGACAAACACAAGAACUGGAGACCAGUAAGAACAGCGCACUGGCAGAAAGACAAGAACUGGAAGUUUUGAAGAAGCAUCUCAACAAGAAGGGGGAAGAGCUUGAAGCUGCCAUGAAUAGCAUCAGUGGAGAGAGGACAACUCAGUCAGAUGAAGAUCAGUACUGAGAGGGAC